GCCGAAACCCGAUCCUUCAGUCCUGGGGCUCCGUUAAUGUUUAAUCAAGCAGGAUCAUCCGAUGGGGCUCGGGUGGCGUGAUCUCCCAGACCCCCGGACGUCGCGCACGCACACCCGGGAAAGGCUUCCGCCGCGGCGUCGAAACGGCCGCGGCUGCAGGCGGGCUCAGGCGCAGCUCGGGUCCGAGGCAAGAGGGCCAAGCCAGGCGGUGAGACGGCCCGGGGCCAGCACGCGCGGCCGCUGAGCGCAGUCCCCAGUUCCAACGCCCGCCGUGACCCGCCGCUUCCCCUCCGCGACCCGAGUCCCACGAUCCAUCCUCGCCGCGAGGCACAGUCGCGGACGGCUUGGCCCGCGCGUCGACCCCGGAGCGCCCCGACGGACGCAAACUUCUCCUCUCCCCGCGAUGGGUGCUGGCAGUUCCGGGCAGCCGUGGUGGCCGCCGCUGCUGCUACUGCUGCUGCUCCUCGGGCCCGCGGGCGCCCGCGCGCAGGAGGACGAGGACGGCGACUACGAGGAACUGGUGCUCGGCUUCAGGUCGGAGGAGGACAUUCUGGCUGACACAGCCCAGCACGCGGCCACCGCCACCUUCCACCGCUGUGCCAAGGACGCCUGGAGGUUGCCAGGCACCUACGUGGUGGUGCUGAAGGAGGGGACCCACCGCUCGCAGGCGGAGCGCACUGCCCGCCACCUGCAGGCCCAGGCCGCCCGCCGGGGCUACCUCACCAAGAUCCUGCACGUCUUCCAUGACCUCCUCCCCGGCCUCCUGGUGAAGAUGAGCGGCGACCUGCUGGAGCUGGCCCUGAAGUUGCCCCACGUCCAGUACAUCGAGGAGGACUCUUUCGUCUUUGCGCAGAGCAUCCCGUGGAACCUGGAGCGGAUUCUCCCUGCGCGGCGCCAGGUGGAUGAACGCCACACCCCCAGAUUAUUCUUUCCUCUCGAACAAACCACGCCUUGGAAAAAUGGAGACGGCCUGGUGGAGGUGUAUCUCUUAGACACCAGCAUCCAAAGUGGCCACCGGGAAAUCGAGGGCAGGGUCACUGUCACUGACUUUGAGAACGUGCCCGAGGAGGAUGGGACACGCUUCCACAGACAGGCGAACAAGUGUGACAGCCACGGCACCCACCUGGCCGGGGUGGUCAGCGGCCGGGAUGCCGGCGUGGCCAAGGGCGCCAGCCUGCGCAGCCUGCGUGUGCUCAAUUGCCAAGGGAAGGGCACGGUGAGCAGCACCCUCACAGGCCUGGAGUUCAUUUGGAAGAGCCAGCUGGCCCAGCCCUCAGGGCGGUUGGUGGUGUUGCUGCCCCUGGUGGGUGGCUACAGCCGGGCCCUCAAUGCCGCUUGCCAGCGCCUGGCAGGAACGGGGGCAGUGCUGGUGGCCGCUGCUGGCAACUUCCGGGACGACGCCUGCCUCUACUCUCCGGCGUCAUCUCCCGAGGUCAUUACCGUUGGGGCCACCAAUGCCCAGGACCAGCCGGUGACCCUAGGGGUCCUGGGGACCAACUUUGGCCGCUGCGUGGACCUCUUUGCCCCAGGUGAUGACAUCAUUGGUGCCUCCAGCGACUGCAGCACUUGCUUCACGUCACAGAGUGGGACUUCACAGGCUGCCGCCCAUGUGGCUGGAAUUGUGACCAUGAUGCUGACGGCUGAGCCGGAGCUCACCCUGGCUGAGCUGAGGCAGAGGCUGAUCCGUUUCUCUGCCAAAGAUGUCAUCAAUGAAGCCUGGUUCCCUGAGGACCAGCGGGGGCUGACCCCCAACCUGGUGGCCACACUGCCCCCCAGCAGCCAUGGAGCAGGUGGGCAGCUGUUCUGCAGGACCGUGUGGUCGGCACACUCAGGGCCCACGAGGACCGCCACGGCCGAGGCCCACUGCGCCGCCCCCGAGGAGCUGCUGGGCUGCUCCAGCUUCUCCGGGAGCGGGAGGCGGCGGGGCGAGCGCAUUGAGGUCCGAGGGAGCAGGCGUGUCUGCCUGGCCUACAACGCGUUUGGGGGUGAGGGCGUCUACGCCGUUGCCAGGUGCUGUCUGCUGCCUCGGGCCAACUGCAGCAUCCACAUGGCUCCACCAGCUGGGGCCGGUGUGCAGACCUGUGCCCGCUGUCACCAGCAGAGCCACGUCCUCACAGGUUGCAGCUCCCACUGGGAGGUGGAGGACCCUGGCCCCCGCAGGCGGCCUGUGCCGAGGCCUCAGGGUCAGCCCGACCAGUGUGUGGGCCACGAGAAGGCCAGUGUCCACGCUUCCUGCUGCCAUGCGCCGGGUCUGGAGUGCAAAGUCAGGGAGCACGGGAUCCCAGGCCCUGCAGAGAAGGUCACCGUGGACUGCGAGGAGGGCUGGACACUGACCAGCUGCGGGGCCCGCCCCGGGGCCUCCCACACCCUGGGGGCCUACGCGAUGGACAACACGUGUGUGGUUCGGGGCCAGGAUGUCAGGGCAGGAGGCAGGACCAGCGAGGAGACCGCCACAGCCAUGGCCAUCUGCUGCAGGCGCCGGCCCUCGGGGGAGGAGGCCUCCCGGGAGUCCCAAUGACAGCCCGGCCCAGGCCGUGAGCCUGGGGAAGGGGUCCAGGCCUGGGGGCUGUGGUCCCAGGCCUCGGCUGAGCUUCGAAGCAGUUCCUCCCUCCCUCUUCCUCAGUGCUCUUCAGCCUGGGCCCCGGGGACAGGGGAGCGCUGUCCUCCUGAGCUCUGGUGCUGGCACUCAGGGUGCCCUGGCUCCCGGCCUGGAUCACCCCUCCCCAGGCCUGAGCUGAGUACGAGGCUGAGUGACCAGGGUUGCAGGUGUCCACCUGCUGCCAUUAAGGCAGGUCAGGCUGUGCUCUGCUUCCUGCCAGCCACUCCUGGGGCCGAUGCUGUGGGCGGAGUUACCUUCUAUUGAGCUCCUGCUUCAGGUCAGGCGGUCAGUGGAUCCCCAGGCCUCCGUGAAGGGGGUGGUCAGCCCUCCAUGGGAAGGCAGGCAGGCACCCGAGGGCUGGAAGGGGCCAAAUAUGGGUUGGGGCAGUGAAAGGUGGAGAUGGCCCCUCACCUCCUGUCCACCUUGGGGAGGCUCUGUUGGGCUCCCUGGUUAGUGGAGGAUCAAUUUUCCAUGCCUCUGGGGGUGCAGGGGGUACUGACAGGGGGUGACACUUCCCCAGAUGUGGCCAAUGUUUCAAAAUGUCCAAAGGGCUUCUCCAGUUACAUUCUCACAGGGUUUCAGAGCAGCCCUGGGGCAAAGGCAGGGCCUCUUUUUUUUUUUUGUCUCUUUAGGGCCACGGCC